AUGAGGCAGGUUUGGCAGGAGGUGGGAGGACUUCACCAUUGUUCUCUCGUGCCACCACCGUCAACCAAGAACAGUCAGCAGUUUACCACAAGGAACCAUCGUCAAAUCUGCGCCAUUGCCAUGGAAUUCCUACGAUUACACUCAUCAGGAACAUCUCAGAGACGCCACGGCUAUCAAGGCACCCAUGAGCGCCGCACACGCGACGACUAUACCAGGAGCCAGAGAGAAACUCGGGGGAAGAGACAGCAGCGACCCGCCGAGAUUAUUACGUGCCACGAGGCUCUGGGGAAAGGCCCAGUCCCUCGAUCUAAGGAGAAAAACGACGAAUUCGUCCAGUCAUGGUUGCAACAAACACAGUCUCGCCAUUCCCGUCCCUCAGUAACCAGCUACGAGAAGGAGCCAGUUCAACUCACGGAGCAGUUCUGGUUCGAGACUCACGGAAACAAUCACAGAAAAAGAUCAAGGCCUCUCCUAGAGUCUCCUCCACCCCCGGACAGGGCCAAGCACAUUGAGUACCGGUUUGAGAAGAGGGCGCGCCACAAGACUCGAGAGGAUAAAUAUGACUACAAGGCGCGCGAAACAAAGAAGAGGGUUUUAGAUCAGGAGUCUCGAGAACACACACAGAAAGAGGCCACCGGAGGGAAACGCCAAAGCUCUAGACACAGAUGUUCGGUGAGCAGCAAUACGAGAAAUGCUGUUGGCGUCGCUAACGGCGAGUAUUAG